CUUUCUCUCACUAAUAUUUUAUGUUAAAAAGAAAUAUCUGUUUUUAUUUCUUAAUCAAAUAAGAAAUACAAAAAUAUGAAAUAAAAUCAACAAUACAAGAAAAAAUAAUACUAUGUAUAUACGCAGUUAACAAUGCAUGUAAUACGUAUGACCGUCACAGUAGAUAUAUUCCAAUUACUAUAGAUUUAUAUAUAAUUAGAAUACAUACUGCAUGACCAACAACUAGAGCAUGUAAUGAUUUGAAACAACAUAAUUAUGCACAAUGAUACGCAUUAAAUGUAUUUAUAAAUAUAUCUGCAUUUCAAAAAAUCUGUACUGUCCACUAAUACUCGAUAUGUGAAAUCAUACGAUAUAAGGAGAAAAAUUGAAAGAAAAUUUGAUUCUUUAACAAUAGAAUGCUACGAAUAGUAAUUUUAAUAGUAUUAGAAUUAUCUUGUUUUAUUGUUGAUUCUAAAGAGGAAUCACAUAUUUCUUAUCUACCAAAAAAUGUCAACAAUCCAAAUUUACGUUUUUCAACAGUGAAUAAUCCAUCAUCUUGCAAAAAUCUUGCUAUUUGUUACCUAAACGAAAUGUUUGAUAUAUCAUAUAGAAGAAAAUCGGAUAUGCAUUUUCCAUCUAUUCAAAAAGAAUAUGGUAAAAAAGAAACCAAUCUUCAAGCAAGAAGUUAUUACAAUGGUUUCGGAGCACCUGCUACAGCUACGUAUUAUCCGAUUUUUGAUCCAAUUACUGUUUUAGCAUCAUUAGCAUUUUUAGCAUUUUUAUUGCAAUCCUUUGCAUCGUUAUUUGAUCAUUCAAGAUCCAUUGUACCAACAAUAAUUAAUAGUCGUGAAUCAUCUUCACAAUUGAAAAAUGUGGGAAUUACAAGACGUAUACUACAUGCAUUGGAUAAUUAUGAGAACCUUAAUGAAGGCUCAAUUGAAGAUGAUCAAAUAAACACAGUACCUAUAUAAGCUAAUACAAGAUAAAAUAUAUUUAUAAAAAAGAUAUAAAAAUAUUUUACUAAAACACAGUAUAUAAUAUUUAUACAGAUAGUACUUAGAUGUAAAAAAUUUUAUAAUUAUAAAAAUUAUCAUUCGCAAAGAAAUCUAAUGCAUUAUAAUAAUGCUUGUAUUAAAUUUUUUUGUUCCUUUUCUCUUUUGUAUUUAAUUUAUUCUUGACAUUGUUAUUUAUAAAAUAUUAAUUUCGUCAAAAUUAUACAUAUUUUUACAUAUUCUAUAUUGUCACACUCAAAUGUCAACUCAUAAUAAUAUAUCAUUAUAUACAACUAUUUUAAUCAACAUUAGGUAAUUUAUUGGAUUGUACAUUUAUAAAUUUUUACAUUAUUAAUACUAUGAAACUGCACAUAAUAUAUAUAAAUAUAAGUAUUAUGAAAUAUGCAUAUAAAGAAAUAUUAAAGCUAUAAUGUGCAACUUAUGUAAUAAUAAUCUACAGAAUGAUACUUUAUUGUUAAUACAUUGAAUGUGAAAAAUAAUAUGUAAGCAGCAUCAAAUAAUAAAAUAUUUUCUUUCAAAGAAUGAUAAUGAACUAUAUUUCAGUCUUAUCUCCGAAUGUAAUAUUUGAAUUUAAUUAUAGCAGCCAUUAAUUAAUUUUGCAGAUAAA